AUGGGACUGCUCGCUGGCCGCAAGGUCAAGCGUCGUGGAUCUCCCGAAGUUGACUUGCUCUUGACUGCCUUCAACAUUCCGACGCGUCGGCAGUUGGUGAAGAAGAACGAGGCGAGAUCGCAAGGCACUGGAGCGCCAUCGGCUGUGGUAGCUUGCCACAACAAACAGACAAACGCGGGACAGCCGCCCUUCGUGGCUAAGCCGCCAAAAGCUGCCAUUGCAAAGACGAGUUCAAAUUGCACAGCGAAGCAUUGCAAGACACCCAAGUGCCAAACUUCAUCAGAGUCUGGUCUUGAUUCUACAUCGAAUACGGACAGUGUCGCUUCAGACACUGGCUCCUCGCCUAAGAGACAAUCACGCAAGCACAGGAAGAAGACAUCGAAACGAACGCAGAGGGGCUCCAAGGCUCGCCAAUGUCUGAAGAAGAAUGCACAGCACGAGGACGAGGACAAUGAAGAGGACGAGGAGCCGGAUAGCUCAUUUGACUCUGACGUACAGCUAUUGCCCACCUCUCGCCGUCCAGAGAGGAAGAGCUCGAACAAAGGCAGACGCGUCGCGAAUGUCGUACCGCGCUCGCUCAUGAAGACUGAUGCAACUGCGCUGCACAACACGCGAACCUCGAUGCCCAAGAAUGUCAAUCAUGCCCGCCAUGCCAAGCAGUUCUCACCGACACCUCACAGUUCAGACAACAGUGCCUGGAUGCCCUGGGCUGUUCCUCAUCAGUACUACCCAACGUCUACCUAUCUGACCCGAUCCCCUGAGAGCGGCUCAUCAAAACUGGCCCCGGCCUACCAUCAGUGGAACGACAUCGGUCUUUCCACAGUUUUGGGUAACUCUGCACUCCAUCAAAAUCCGCUGCGCCAGUCACCAGCUCAGAAUCUGCAUCAUCAGCAACGCAGUCUUGACGCGGCCCUCGCCGCCCUCGCGGCGCGCCCAGACGACCCGCAGCUCAAAGCACAAGCAUCUGGUCAGAAUCAGCAGCAAGGACAGAAGCCACUUGACGGUGAUCAUCACGCGAGCGUCCGCAACGACCACGAUCCUGCCGUUCUCAAGAGUUCUGCGCCCAUCAUUGCCGAGCAGUCUGGCAAAAGACCCGAAGACCGGGCUGUACUCCAGGACAAGGGUCUCUUGCACGCUUGUGCUGGGUGUGGAUGCAUCCGCUCGCGCAAAUAUCACGAGAAGCAUGUGAUCGCACCUGGAAAGACCAAGCAGCCCAGCCUCUGCGAGAAUUGUCGUGCAAAACUACACAAGACUGGGGUCAUCGGAAAGCUCAAGCGACAUGUUUGCUUCGGCUGCGGUAUCUACCGCUCUCGCUCGUUCAACAAUGAACAUCCAGGCAGGCCUGAGGACAAACUGCUUGUCAACUACUGCGUUCGGUGCGAGAAUGAGAUGGGCACGAGCCCGAGCGACAACAGUCACGAAGAGUCUGGAAGCAACACCCCCCAAGACGCUCUCGAGGAAUCACAUGACGCCGCAUCUCGACUGCUAGAGUCACCAGAGCUCAAGCAUCGCAGCCCAUUGUCAGCCAGUCCCAUCCUCGACGGAUCCUCUACACCAGCCUAUCUCCCAAAGCGAGAUCAUGGGGCAUCUAGACGCAGAGAGGGACGAGAGCCUAUUUUGGAGACAGCGUUCAGCAACAGCUACGAGCAGGAGCAGUCACGUUCCCAAUACCGGCCACCAUUCAUGGAGGACGUGACUACGCCACUGCUUGCCCGUCCGAGUAGCACUUUCAUUCAUAACGAAACGAGCCAAGAGGUAUCUUCUCCCUAUACUCCCAGCGUCGUCUCCAAUGGUACCAGAAAUACAAGAUUGUCCUCUAUACUGAGAUGCAAGACCUUUGUACAGGAUGGAGGACUGGGCAUGGAUUCCUCGUCACCCACAAAGUCAACGACCAGUUCGGAUUUGUCAGAAGUCGGCAGUGGAUCUGUUGCAUCGAGCAGCAAGACGGUCAAGUUCAAAAACUUGGUCGGCGUCAGGCGUUCACGAUCGCCCUCCGAAAGUGGUUUCGCUUCUAAUGAAGAAACAGAGGAGGCCAUCAAGCCUGACGACAACACACAGCCCAGCCGCAUUGGCACCUACGGAUGCAAUCCCCUGAUGGACGAAUGUGGGAGGCCUCUGUCCACGUCUGAGCGCCUGGGCUCUUUCUCCAGCAAUGCUUCUCAUCCAGAGGCAUACGAUGAGUAUGAUGACGGGAUGCCCCGGGGCCUCGAGGACCGCUACUCUCAAUCGACUCGGGACCAUACACGAGGCGCCUUCAGUGGCUAUGGUGGUGCUUUCAGCUCGGAUGCUGGCUUCAAGACCAAAGCUUGGGAUUGGAGUGACAUCAACGGUCAUUCCUCGCCAUGCACGCCCAAGGAACCUCCCGAAUGGUACGGAGAACGGUCCCAUAGUGUUUCCAACACUGAAGCUGGCGACUCGUUCUCGAUGCCGCAUUCUCAACGAAGCGACUUCAGCUCCUACUUUAACGACGCAGCGGACAAAUACGAGGGGAUGCCCAGCAGCCCACCGCCAUGUCCUCAUGCGGAUGGCCCUGUUGAUCAGCAGCCCUCGGAGACUACCAACGAUCACUCGAGCCCUCUAUCAUUUGCCUCUAAUUCGGGGGCUUUUGCAUUUUUCAGCACCCCAGGAAGUUCCGCUAGAGGAGCGUCGGACUUUUACUCUUCCACGACGAAGCAGCACGCGUCACACUUCCACUCUGCUGCGCAUGACACCAUCUACGAUUCAGAGCCCAUCAUUGAGGAGGCAGACUCCACUACCAGCUCUCCUGUCAGGAAACCCCUUUUGCUCGAAUACGGACUUGACGCUAUCCCCGUCCUAGAUCUGGACGGCAAGACCAUCGUCAACGAGAGCCCCGAGUCUGAGGACACCAGCUCUGACGAAGACUCUGGCCGUGACUUUGAUGUUCCGUGUCUGCUGUCAACAUUGGUCACGGACAAGAGCACUUGCUGAGCCGCCACCAUGGCUGUAACAACAACAUGACCGACUACGACACACGAACACGAAAUCAUCGCGUCAACAACCAGGCACUGUACUUGCCCACUACUACACAUGUACCCUGCUUUUACCGAGCGCUUUACCAUCACCUUGUUACAUCGAUACGCACCAACCAACCCCUGUUUGGGAGGGAGGCAGCAACAGAGCCGCACCCCCCCUUUUUACACUUGUCAUAUCUGUUACUGGACUGCAAAGGCUAUAUCACCUCGUCAACUCUUGUGGAGCUACUUUUUUACUUUGGUUUCUUUCUUUCCUUUCU